AUGGUCCAGCGUUUGACGUACCAUCAUAGGCUAUCCUACAAUACUGCUUCCAACAAGACUAGGCUGUCCUGGACCUCUGGUGAUAGAAUUGUUUACCUUUAUACCAAGAAGGUUGGGAAAGCACCAAAACCUGCACGUGGCGUGUGCCUAGACCGACUUCGGGGUGUUCGUGCUGUGAGGCCUAAAGUUCUUAUAAGGUUAUCUAAAACAAAAAAACAUGUCAGUAGAGCAUAUGGUGGUUCCAUGUGUGCUAAAUGUGUCUGUGACAGGAUCAAGCAUGCUUUCCUGAUUGAAGAGCAGAAAAUCAUUGUGGAAGUGUUGAAGGCACAAGCACAGAGUCAGAAAGCCAAGUAA